UUCUGUCACUGCAACUCCAGUACAAAUAACUUAGAGUACAUUUUGUUUUAAAGUCAUGGGGAUACUCGAUAUUUUUCUCCAGUGCUUCAGUUCUGCCUUCUUGUUAUGGGCUCUAACGGUCCUCCUGCUCAUCUACUUAAUCUCAUCUUCCAGUUUCAGUACCAAAAACAAUGGGAAGGAGCCUCCAGGACCCAGAUCAUUUCCCGUGCUUGGGAAUCUGCUGCAGCUGGACCUGAAAAAACCCUACCACACAUUACUGGAGGUGAGUUGUCCAAGAAAUAUGGAUCAGUUUUCACCAUCCAUCUUGGACCCCAAAAAGUGGUGGUCCUGGCAGGAUACAAGACAGUGAAGGAGGCACUGGGUACCUAUGAUGAUGUGUUUGGAGACAGAAAUCCAAUGCGAAUUGUGCAUGAAAUGGCCCAUGGACAUGGGGUUGUUUGGUCCAACGGCGAUUCAUGGAAAGAAAUGAGACGCUUCGCACUGACUAACCUGAGAGACUUUGGGAUGGGAAAGAGAGCGUGUGAGGACAAAAUAACUGAGGAAUGUCAACAUCUCAUUGAAGUUUUUAAGAAAUUUAAAGGAGAAGCUUUUGAUACAACCCAAAGCCUAAGCUACGCGGUCUCUAAUAUUAUCUGCUCCAUUGUCUAUGGCAGCAGAUUUGAAUACAAUGAUCCAGAGUUUACAUCUUCGGUAAAUCGAAUAAGCAGAGGUGGAAAGCUUUUGGGCUCUCCUUCAAUACAGCUCUACAACAUGUUUCCAUUGCUCUUCAAGUGGAUUCGUGACCGGAAGGAAUUGCUCCAAAUAUCUGUUAUCAAUGUGAAACAAAAUCUCGCCAUCUUCGAUCGUUUAAAAGAAACUCUGAAUCCACAGAUGUGCAGAGGCUUCGUGGACGCCUUUCUGGUCCACAAACAAAAUCUGGAGGAAUCUGGGACUACCAACAGUCACUUCCACACCGACAACCUAUUGAUGACAGUCAUACAGCUGUUUGCUGCCGGCACUGAAACAACAUCAACCACACUGAGAUGGGCGCUUCUGUUCAUGGCCAAGUAUCCAAAGAUACAGGAUGAGGUCCAAGAGGAGCUGAGGAGGGUCAUAGGAGAUCGACAGGUGCAGGUCGCUGACAGGAAAAACCUGCCCUUCACUGACGCCGUCAUCCACGAGACACAGAGACUGAGCAGCAUCGUCCCCACUGCCCUUCCUCACAAAACCACCCGAGACAUCACUUUUCAUGGUCACUUUAUUGAGAAGGGAACCACAGUGUUUCCUCUCUUGACAUCUGUCCUGCACGAUCCCGACGAGUGGGAGAGACCACACAGCUUUUAUCCUGCACACUUCCUGGACAAAGAGAAAAAGUUUGUCAAGCGCGACGCCUUCAUUCCAUUUUCUGCAGGUCGCAGGGUUUGUCUUGGAGAGGGUCUGGCCAGGAUGGAGCUCUUCCUGUUCUUCGCCACCCUCCUGCAGCAUUUUCGUUUCACUCCUGCACCUGAAGUUUCAGAGGAUGAAUUAGAUCUGACUCCGAGCGUGGGCCUCACUCUCAGCCCUUCACCUCACAGACUGUGUGCUGUUUCUUGUAUGUGAGGAAGAAGCAUCAUUUUAAAAACUAUCAGUCUUCUCUGAAUCAUGCUGCUAUUUGAGGGACACAUGAGAAUUUGUAGUGCAUUAUGGAGAAAAAAAAUGCAGUAGUUAAUGUCUUCUUUGCAAUAUUCAAUGUUUGCAAAGCCAGAACUGACCUCUGGGCUGAUUCUUUAGAUUUAAGUUCAAGCCAAUCACAUACCGUAUUUUUCGGACUAUACGUCGCUCCGGAGUAUAGGUCGCACCAGCCAAAAAAUGCAUAAUAAAGAAGAAAAAAACAUAUAUAGGUCGCACUGGACUAUAAG